CUGUCACGUCACCAUGGCUGUCCUUACCACAGUAGUCCUUGUUCUACUGCACCAACUCAGCAGGUCAGCAGCCCAACAUGGCUCAGAGGGGGCCGGGGUGUGGCCCGAGAGUGAAAUUGGAGAACACGUCACCCUGACUGGGUCUUGUCUGGCAUAUGGAGAACUUCUACAGUACUUAACUAGACAGGACAAGCUGGAGAGCGAGUUAGAGGCACUGAAGAACGAGACUCAGAAAUGCUGUGGGGGAACACACCAAGCCAGCGCUUUCCAGCAACAGCAGGCCAUGGUUGAAGAGCUGGAAGCAACAGUGGGUGACCAGGCUAACACCAUGUUACAACUAGAGGAUACAGUCAACAGCCAGGCCAACACCAUUCGGCAGAUGCAGACCCUUCUGAGCCAAUUAUCAGACAGGCUAAGCGGUCCCCGUGACUGUAUGGAGCUGUUGACAACUGGACACGACACCAGCGGGGUGUACACCAUCUACCCUGAGGGCGAUGGCAAAAGUGCUGUUCAUGUUUACUGUGAUAUGGACACUGACGGGGGUGGAUGGACGCUGUUUCAAAAGCGUCAAGACGGUUCAAUGAACUUCUACCGAGACUGGCAGGCGUACAAGACAGGGUUUGGUGACCUGAGGGGAGAGUUCUGGCUAGGCAAUGACCACCUGCACCGCCUGACGGCCCAGGAUGUGUACGAACUGAGGGUGGAUCUGGAGGACUUUGAGGGUAACACGGCCUACGCCAAGUACAACAUCUUCAGGGUGGAGGAUGAGGUGCACAAGUACAGGCUGACUGUGGACGGUUAUAAUGGCACUGCAGGAUACGCCAGCAUUAUGGAAGGGUUCGGCAAGGAGAGCCGGGGCGGAGGUAGGACAGGGAAUGACAGACCAGACGUACUGGCGGGCGUGAUAGGGGAACUACUGAUGGCGGUACAGCAGCUCUCCGAUAGGGUCGGUGCCUUGGAGGCCAGGGAUUCUGACAUCGCUGGUCUUGGGAACCAGAUCGACGGCAUAGAGAGGGCCAUAAAGGCAAUCCUCCUGGGUAUAACAGCGGACAUGGAGACCCGGAUGGAGGCUGUCGAGCAGGUUGUUUGGGGCGCUUUCGACGAGGUGGAGCGUCUCAACUACGAAGUGGAGCAGCUGCAGCCGGGUCAAGGCGCUGGAGACGAGGAGUGCUGA